CAGAAUUUUGUUUUAAAUACCAAUUUCUAAAUCUGUUAAGACACAUCUUGAAUAUAUUAAAAUAUUGGAAGUGUGAAGUAAUUUUAUCAAUUUCUGGAAUGGAGUAAGCAUUAUUCGCCAACAAAAUACUCUAGUAUUAGUAAAGGGGCAUCUUUAACAGUAUGCUGUGUGAGACCGUUUCUGGGUAGCUGCCAGUAGAAAUCAAAUUGAUAGUUAAAUCAAUGGUGGCAAGCAGCAAAGACAAGGAGUUAAAUGCUAGCAUCUUAUAUCUUUUUCUGGAAUUUAACAUGUAGCUUUCUUAUCAACCCAACCAAUUUUUUUUUUAUCAAAAUGCGUGACAAGUGGUGUUCAAAGAUUGGGAUAUAAGCAAAACGUAGUUGUCUAAAAUGUUAACAAUCUCAGUGUAAUCAGUGAAGAAAAUAAAAGACAAGUGUUAGUGAUGUGCUCAGAGAGUGGUGGAGAUAUUGUGCACGUAAAAUUUCCCUCCAAUACAACUAAAUUAGAUAAAUCUUUGAUCCCAAAUGUCCAUCUAUUUCUGCCUCUGGAAAGCAUUGGCGCCUACAUUCACUCUGGAAACAUGUGCGCCUGGCAUCAGGAUAUCAAUGAAACUUUUCUCAACAGUUCAGGAGAUGAUAUAUCUUCAGAGACACAAGUGUAUAAUUGGACAAUACUAAUAAUGUGUCCACUGGUUCUGUUUGGAAUCGGUGGAAACCUACUGGUGAUUAUGGCCAUAUCUUUGGAAAAACGACUGCAAAAUGUUACAAAUUAUUUUCUUUUGUCCCUGGCAGUCACAGACUUUUUGGUAUCACUUAUUGUUAUGCCUUUCAGCAUUAUUAACGAAUUUACGGGUAAAUGGUUGUUUGGAUUGGUUUUGUGUGAUUUGUUUUGUACUGCAGAUGUUCUCAUGUGCACCUCAUCUAUUCUUCAUCUGUGUACCAUUUCACUUGAACGCUACAUUGGAAUACGUUACCCUCUAUGGACCAAAAAUAAAUCAAAAUCUGUUGUUUUCAUGAAAAUAGUGCUAGUUUGGACAAUAGCCAUUGCCAUAACCAGCCCAAUCACAAUAUUAGGACUGCUGAAACCUCACAAUGUGCUAAUGGGUGAUAUGUGUGCUUUAAACAAUGAGCACUUUAAGAUAUAUGGGUCUAUAUUUGCAUUUUUUAUACCCCUUGUGAUAAUGAUAAUAAUGUAUGGACUAACUGUGCGUAUGCUUAACAAACAAGCCAAACUCUGUGGUCAAGGGAGUCAAAAAGAUGGAGCACCGAUGAUUCGCCGGUCAACCAGCAGACGCCAUUGGAAAAGUAACCACAACAAUGUUUCCCGACAUGAAAAUGUAAAAUAUUCACAAUCAUUUCCAGUAACUGGGUCCAAAACUAAUAAGGGACGAAACUCUUAUCAACCACUACAGAAACGCAACACAGUUCCUUACCCUUCCCAGGAAUCACCCAAGACUAAAGAAAAGAGAAAAAGUUUUACCUUUGAAAAUUCACUUAAUUGUGAUCGUAAAAAUGACCAAUCGCAAAAAAAAUCAAACAAUUAUCAUCCAAUACACAAGCGUGAAUCAAAGUCACUUCGAGAUCUAGUGAAAAAACAUCAUGUCGCCAUUAAAGCAGCUAACCUCCUCUUACAAAGAAAAGAUUCUGUUAGAAAAGAUAACUCUGUUCAAACAGAACAAAAGGCCACAAAGGUUCUAGGAGUUGUCUUUUUGAUAUUCAUCAUUUGUUGGGCGCCAUUUUUUAUGGUCAAUAUUUUAAUGGCACUGUGUAAAAAGUGUCAUUUUAAUCCUACACUAAUUACUGCUUUCGUGUGGUUGGGUUAUGUUUCUAGUACAUUAAAUCCUAUAAUUUACACCAUUUUUAAUCGUAUUUUUAAAAUGACCUUUGUGAAACUGCUGAAAUGCCGUUAUAAUACACUUCAUAGGGGUAAAAGGAACCUCAAUAUAACUUCUCGAAAUGGAUUGCUUAAUUGUAAUUCUUUCUGUGCUUCAGCUAAUAGUGCUAGUUUUGAAGAAUCAAUAUGCUGACUUUUGAAUACGUCUGGGACAGUUAGAAAGAAGAAAUUAAGAUGUGCUUAGUUGUCUGUGAUAUGCUUACUGAAAUUGCUAAAGGGGGAUUAUGUGUCUAAACAAUCAUUUCAAAGGUGAAAACUCAUGGGAAUGUAAAAUGGAGGGAUGACAAUUCAUUGAUAUCUUUAAUCUACUUGUUAUUUAGUCGUCUGUUGAUUAAGCAACUUAAGACGUCUGAUUACAUACUUUAAAUGACACCAACUAUUCAUGUAUGCCAAUUCUGUUGCAUUAUACAACUCAACAUAUUUCAACAAUAUAAAUAUGUUGGACCUUUUUUUACAUUAUCCAUAUUUAGGCUACACUGAAUAGAACAUGAUUAUUUAAUUUACAACAGCAAAUGAUUACUAAAACAUGAGAAUCUUCAAUUAAAAUCCACAAAUGUUCCAUGUUAUUACCUCUAACUGAUUUUAACAUUUAAAUAGUUUAACAUAUAAAAUUUUAUGAAGUUUUUAAUGGUGCAAUGUUAUUUAUAAAAAUAAAUUAAUAUAUAAUAUAUUAUGUAAUAAAAAUAUUUG